AUGCCGUCCAUCCCACCUCCCCUGACUAUCUCUCACCGCCAUACUCGGAGUCGGUCCUCCAACAUCGACAUCGACCCGAUUUCCCCUGGCACCUAUGCUCCAAAUGGCUUCUCCUACCGAUCGCCUCGAUCGCCUCAUACUCCCCGUUCCUCCGCCCCCUCGUCUCCCGUGGACUCCCGCUCUCAUCACGCUCAAACCUUCAAUGGCUCUCAUAGAAUGUCGGUCGACUUCGGCGGUGCAGCUAGCGAAGGCGGUGGACUAGGUAAUUUGGCAGACGAGCUCGCCGAUGCAUGGGAGGAAGAAGAGGGAGGCUAUGGAUACGCUUCCGGGCAGGAUACAGGGGUCCCUGAUGCACAGUACGUGGAUCGCAGUGACGACGAAGACGCAUACCACCGCAUGGACACGGGGACCCGGACACCGUCAUCGGACUACUCGCCGGAACAAAGUUCGUCUCUGCAUCCUCCGAAGCCCAAGACCCGUAAUGGUACCCAUCGACACCGGCGGCACGAAUCGCAAUACGAUGGCUCCGAUUAUGGGAACGACUCAGAUUUCGAGGAAGCCGAUAUGCCGCCUAGUCUGGAGAUGCAGAUGGCGGAAAUUGAGAGUCUGGCCCGUCGCGGUCUAGAGAACAAUGGCAGUGAGAAUGACUUUGUUUUCCAACGUGCGGUGGAAGCCCUCCGGGAUCUGGGGGGUCAGAGUGGGAUUGAAAAUAACGCCAUGCGACUCAUUACCGCACACUCUUCCAUCACCUCGCAUCUUACCCAUCAGACGCGGGCACUUCAAACGCUCACCCAUCCUCUCCUUUUCUCGCCCUUUCCGCUCCUUUCCUCGGAUGCCAUAGAUGCGCUCAUCCCUCUCAUCGACGACGAACUCCUGCCUAACCUCCCAUAUCCUUUCCCGGAACAGCCACGUCACUCCUCAAGACCCACUACCCCCUCCCAGUCACCGUCCCUCAACCCUCUGGUCUCCCUACAGACGCUCGUCUCGCAAACAUCCGACAUUACCCUGUCGUUACGGGGCCUGAGCGAUACCUUGUAUGAAUCGCGGCAGUUGACAUCAACGGCCUCGCGGAGACUCCGCUCUGCCCGCGAACUUGUCGCGGACCUCCGCCGUGAGGAAGAAGGUCGCGAGGAGGGCACCCGGUGGAUCGAACGAGGUGAUUGGGACCGCAAAUUGCGGGACCGUGAAGCUGGCCGCGUCUGCGGAGACGUAGUCAGCGGCUUUGAGGCGGUGUGCGGCGAAUGGCGGGAGAAGCUCUUCGGUGCUGCUGCUGCGGGAGCCGAAGUGGCUGCUGCUUGA